AUGGUUGGGAAAAGCGUGCUGAUCCUAAUACCGGACGUUUCUACUUCGUUAAUCAUCGUUUCGGAUGAGCCAUUGCCGGAAGGUUGGGAGAUGCGAUUCACGGAACAAGGAGUGCCUUUCUUUAUUGAUCAUAAUACGAAAUCCACCACCUACAACGAUCCUCGUACAGGGAAACCUGUUGGACCAUUGGGUGUACACGGUGUACCGAUGAGCUUCGAACGAACAUUCAGAUGGAAGAUCGCACAAUUCCGUUAUCUUUGUCUGGUAAGUUAUUUGCCAAAAUUUUGGCAAUAA